GCGGCACCACGGUGGACUGCCACGGCUCGGCCCUGCGCGCCGUGCCCCGCAGCAUCCCCCGCGGCACCGAGCGCCUGGAACUCAAUGGCAACAACAUAACACGAAUCAACAAGAAUGACUUUGCUGGGCUGAAGCAGCUCCGUGUCCUGCAGCUGAUGGAAAACCAGAUCAGCAUGGUGGAGCGUGGGGCAUUCGAUGACAUGAAGGAGCUUGAGCGGCUACGGCUGAACCGCAACCAGCUGCACUCCCUGCCCGAACUUCUCUUCCAGAACAACCAGGCGCUGUCACGGCUGGACCUGAGUGAGAACUUCAUCCAGGCCAUCCCCAGGAAAGCAUUCCGUGGGGCCACGGACCUCAAGAACCUGCAGCUGGACAAGAACCAGAUCAGCUGCAUUGAGGAUGGGGCUUUCCGUGCCCUGCGGGGGCUGGAGGUCCUGACCCUGAAUAACAACAAUAUCACUUCAAUUCCUGUGUCCAGCUUCAACCACAUGCCAAAGCUGCGGACGUUCCGCCUGCAUUCCAACCAUCUCUUCUGCGACUGCCACCUGGCCUGGCUCUCACAGUGGCUGCGCCAGCGCCCCACCAUCGGGCUCUUCACCCAGUGCGCUGCUCCUGCCCAGCUUCGUGGCCUCAAUGUGGCUGAGAUACAAAAGAACGAGUUCAGCUGCUCCGGACAAACGGACUCAGCACAUGCCCAGCUCUGCAGCUUGUCCUCUGGCUCCUGCCCAGCCAUGUGCACUUGCAGCAACGGCAUUGUGGACUGUCGGGGCAAGGGGCUGACGGCCAUCCCUGCCAACCUGCCCGAGACCAUGACAGAGAUACGUCUGGAACUUAAUGGCAUCAAGUCCAUCCCCCCAGGAGCCUUCUCACCCUACAAGAAGCUGCGAAGGAUAGACCUGAGCAACAACCAGAUCUCAGAGAUCGCCCCUGACGCCUUCCAGGGUCUGCGCUCACUGAACUCCCUGGUUCUGUAUGGCAACAAGAUCACGGACCUCCCUAAGGGUGUCUUUGGAGGACUUUUUGCCCUGCAGCUGCUGCUUCUCAAUGCCAACAAGAUCAACUGUGUACGGGCAGAUGCCUUCCAGGACCUGCAGAACCUCUCACUGCUCUCACUCUAUGACAACAAGAUCCAGAGCUUGGCCAAAGGCACUUUCACCUCCCUGCGGGCCAUCCAGACUCUGCACCUGGCCCAGAACCCUUUCAUCUGUGACUGCAACCUGAAGUGGCUGGCGGAUUUCCUGCGUGCCAACCCCGUGGAGACCAGUGGAGCCCGCUGUGCCAGCCCGCGGCGCUUGGCCAACAAGCGCAUUGGCCAGAUCAAGAGCAAGAAGUUCCGCUGCUCGGCCAAAGAGCAGUAUUUCAUCCCAGGGACAGAGGAUUACCAGCUGAACAGUGAAUGCAACAGUGACGUGAUCUGCCCCCCAAAAUGCCGCUGUGAAUCUGGUGUGGUUGAGUGCUCCAACCUGAAACUCACCAAGAUCCCAGAUCGCAUCCCACAGUCCACAGCUGAGCUGCGCCUGAACAACAAUGAAAUCUCCAUCCUGGAGGCCACUGGCAUUUUCAAGAAACUCCCACAUCUGAAGAAAAUCAACCUCAGCAACAACAAGGUGUCAGAGAUCGAGGAUGGGGCGUUUGAGGGGGCAUCCUCUGUCAAUGAGCUGCACCUCACUGUCAACCAGCUGGAGUCUGUGCGGAGUGGCAUGUUCAGGGGCCUGGACGGGCUGAGGACACUGAUGCUGAGGAACAACCGCAUCAGCUGCAUCCACAACGACAGCUUCACAGGGCUGCGCAACGUCCGCCUGCUCUCUCUGUAUGACAACCAGAUCACCACAAUUGCCCCGGGCGCCUUUGACACUCUGCAGUCCCUCUCCACACUGAACCUGCUCGCCAACCCCUUCAACUGCAACUGCCAGCUGGCCUGGCUGGGGGACUGGCUGCGCAAGAGGAAGAUCGUGACAGGGAACCCUCGGUGCCAAAACCCUGACUUCCUCCGGCAGAUCCCGCUCCAGGAUGUGGCUUUCCCUGACUUCAGGUGUGAGGAAGGUAAGGAGGAGACCACCUGCAUCCCCCGGCCCCAGUGCCCACAGGAAUGCACCUGCCUGGACACGGUUGUCCGCUGCAGCAACAAGCACCUCAAAGCCCUGCCCAAGGGGAUCCCCAAGAACGUCACAGAGCUCUACCUGGAUGGAAACCAGUUCACUCAAGUCCCGGGGCAGCUCUCUACUUUCAAGUAUCUGCAGCUUGUUGAUCUGAGCAAUAACAAGAUAAGCUCCCUGAGCAACUCCUCCUUCACCAACAUGAGCCAGCUCACCACCCUGAUCCUCAGCUACAACUCCCUGCAGUGCAUCCCUCCCCUGGCCUUUGAGGGCCUCCGCUCCCUGCGGCUGCUGUCUCUCCAUGGCAAUGACAUUUCCAGCCUCCCCGAGGGCAUCUUUGCAGAUGUCACCUCCCUGUCCCACUUAGCCAUCGGGGCCAACCCCCUGUACUGCAGCUGCAACCUGCGCUGGCUCUCCAGCUGGGUCAAGACAGGCUACAAGGAGCCAGGCAUUGCCCGCUGUGCUGGGCCCCCCGACAUGGAAGGAAAGCUGCUGCUCACCACCCCUGCCAAGAAAUUUGAGUGCCAAGGCCCACCUGCACUAAGUGUCCAGGCCAAGUGCAACCCCUGCCUCUCCAGCCCCUGUCAGAACCAGGGCACCUGCCACAAUGACCCCCUUGGCUCCUACCGCUGCGCCUGUCCCAGUGGCUACAAGGGCAGGAACUGCGAGGUGGCACUCAGUGGCUGCUCCUCCAACCCCUGUGCCAAUGGAGGGACCUGCCAGCCUCAGGAGGGGGAAGGAGCUGGGUUCAGGUGCCUGUGCCCAGUGGGCUUCGAGGGCCCAAGCUGCCACAUCACCAGCGACCCCUGCAAGGAGCACAGCUGUGAGAAUGGGGGCUCCUGUGUGCCCAGUGCCACCAACUAUACCUGCCUUUGUCCUGCCCACUACACAGGGGAAUUCUGUGAGCAGCCACCCAAUUUCUGCUCAGACGAGCUCAACCCCUGCCAGCAUGACUCCACCUGCAUUUCCACCAGCCAGGGGCCCAGGUGUGAGUGUGCACCCGGCUAUGUGGGGAGCAACUGCAGCGAGGACUUCGAUGACUGCCAGGACCAUCGGUGCCAGAACAACGCCCGCUGCCUGGAUGAGGUGAAUGGCUACUCCUGCCUCUGCACCGAGGGCUACAGUGGCCAGCUCUGCGAGAUGCCGCCCCACACUGCUGGCCAGCCUGGCCUGUGUGAGCUAGCUGAAUGCCAGAACGGGGCCCCAUGUGUGGAGAGGGGUGGCCGUGCCCUGUGCCAGUGCCUGCCUGGCUUCGGCGGCCCCAAAUGUGAGAAGCUGCUGAGCGUCAACUUUGUGGACCGUGACACGUACCUGCAGUUCACUGACCUGCAAGACUGGCCCCGAGCCAAUAUCACGCUUCAGGUCUCCACGGCUGAAGGUAAUGGCAUCCUGCUGUACAAUGGUGACAGCGACCACAUGGCUGUGGAGCUGUACCAGGGCCAUGUGAGGGUCAGUUAUGACCCCGGCACCUACCCCAGCUCGGCCAUCUACAGUGCUGAGACCAUCAACGACGGGCAGUUCCACACCGUGGAGCUGGUGACCUUCGACCAGAUGGUGAACCUGUCCAUCGAUGGUGGCAGCCCCAUGACCAUGGACAACUCGGGCAAGCACUACACGCUGAAUAGCGAGGCUCCCCUCUACGUGGGAGGAAUGCCUGUGGAUGUCAACUCGGCUGCCUUCCGCCUCUGGCAGCUCCUCAAUGGCACCAGCUUCCACGGAUGCAUCCGCAACCUCUACAUCAACAAUGAGUUGCAGGACUUCACCAAGACGCGGAUGACGCCAGGGGUGGUGCCAGGCUGCGAGCCCUGCCGCAAGCUCUACUGUCUGCACGGCAUCUGCCAGCCCUCUGGUGCCCAGGGCCCUGUCUGCCACUGUGAGCCUGGCUGGGAUGGGCCCCACUGCGACCAGCCCCGCGGCGGUCCCUGCCAGGGACACAAGUGUGUGCAUGGGCUGUGCCUGCCCCUCGACGCCCUCUCCUACAGCUGCCAGUGCCAUGAGGGCUACCAGGGCGCACUCUGCAACCAGCCUGCCGAACCACCCGACCCCUGCCGCCACCAACCCUGUGUCCAUGGCCACUGCCACCUCACCCCAGGUGGCGAGCCCACCUGCGAGUGCCACGAUGGCUACACCGGAGCACUCUGUGACCAAGAGCCCGAGUGCCGCGGGGAGCCAGUGCGGGACUAUCACCAGGUGCAGCGAGGCUAUGCUAUCUGCCAGACGACGCGGCCGGUGGCCUGGGUGGAGUGCCGGGGGACCUGCGGUGGCCCUGACGCCAGCUGCUGCACUGGGCUGCGGCUCCGGCGCAGGAAAUACGCCUUCGAGUGCAGCAACGGUGCCACCUUCGUGGAGGAGGUGGAGAAGCCCAGCAAGUGUGGCUGCAGCCAGUGCCUGUGAGCAGCCACCGGCCCUGCAGAGCCGGGGGCUGGCGGGGAGACCCCCCCGAGCCAAGGACCUCACUUUGCACUGCGGGCCUGGUGCUGCUCUCUGGGUG